AUGAUGUUACAGCUGCUUUACGAGGUGAAGCGGCAGGUCGAUGCAGAUGCUUCCACGGCACGUAGCCGCCCCCUAGGACCCGAUGACCUUAUUCGAGAGUUACAAGAUUGCAUGAUCGACUUAUCACGGCAGUUUGAGAAAAUGAGCUCCAAGGGUUUCAUGCAAAAAAUACGAUUCGCUCAUAUGGAAAAGGAUAUACAGAAGACGGUUGAGAAGGCGUCUCGUAUGAAUGGCUUUCUUAACUCUUGGCUUACGCUGGACAUCAAGCAGACGACCAAGGCAAUUGAUGAUGGUGUCAAAGCACUCAAUAACCAUGCGGAAGAGGAGAUGAUUAAUGGUAAAAUUGAUCGCAUCGUAGAGCACUAUGCUCCUGUUAGCUUCUCCGAGAAGCAUGGAAACGUCGUUCAGCAGAGGCAGGACGGGACUGGCCAAUGGUUUCUCGAGUCAGUAGAGUUCCAGGACUGGAUGCAAUCUGUCGGGGGGGCCAUGUGGUGUUCAGGGGCACCGGGAGCCGGAAAGACAGUUAUUGCCUCAACAGCCAUAGAAUAUCUCCGGGACAGGGUGCGGGAGAGUGGGGAUGGCCGUCUUGCAUUUCUCUACUGCGACUAUCGUCAACGCCAAGAUCAGAAAGCGUCGAUGAUGCUUGGUAACAUUUGGGCACAGCUUUUCCGACAGCGAGGUCCCUCCGCCACAGAGGUCGAGCAACUAUUUGGAGAAAUAGUAGCCCGCUUCGACUUUAAGCCAUCUAGGACUCAGAUAAUAAACAUGAUCCGAGACGAAUUAACAAAUGGUACACCAGGGCAGAUAUACAUAGUCGUUGAUGCCCUUGACGAAUGCGCAGACGAGAACGAACGAAAUGGCUUCAUUGAUAGUCUGCGCAGCUUGCAACCGUUGGUUAACAUAUUAGUUACUUCCAGGACCACACAUUUUGACAACGCAGGAUUCACUGAUGUACGGGCCUUUCGCUUUAUACCCACCAACGAAGAUAUGAGUACUUAUAUAAACGCACGAAUACGAGAAUCGAAGAAAAUGUCUGGUUAUAUACAACGGAAACCGGAGCUAGAGGGGGAUAUUCGACGCCUGGUUAUCGAGAGGGCGAAUGGAAUGUAG